CACUUUGUACAUCACUAACCUUUAAACAAAGUGGUGACGUGACGGAAAGUAUCACGUCAACGUGUGCAUUUAUUCCGUAUUUACUAAUUCGUUGUAAAUUUUAUUAGCCUUUACUUCUUUUAAAGUAAUUGAUAUAUAAACAUUGUGAUAAUACUCACCAAAAUGCUCUAUCUCGAGGAUUAUCUGGAAAUGAUUGAGCAUCUUCCUCAAGAGCUUCGAGACAGAUUUACUGAAAUGAGGGAAAUGGAUUUAUCUGUGCAAAAUAACAUGGAUACAUUGGAGAAACGGGUUAGAACUUUAUUUGGCGGAUGUCGCCGUGGUGAAAUAAAUACCGACCAGGCUAACACCGAGUUUGCUGAUAUUAAGAAGGGUUAUAAUAAGACAAUAGAGGAAGCCGAAGAAAAAGUUACACUGGCCAGUCAGAUGUAUGAUCUAGUUGACAGAUACUUACGCAGGCUGGAUACAGAACUGCAUAAGUUUAAAUGUGAAUUGGAAGCGGACAACAAAGGUAUCACAGAGCUAUUGGAAAAGAGAUCCCUAGACCUUGAUACAAACACUAAUCAUUCCGGCUCAUCUAGUAAUAAUCAUUAUAAAGAAAAUAGAUAUAGAAUCCGAGCGGAGAAGCGACGCGACAGUUGGGGUACGAGGGAGGCGCGCGCGCACGCAGCCAACGGCAACAUGUCCAGAACUGACACUGCCAUACAGGCGGUGUUGGGUCGGGACACAUACAGUCUGGGCCACGCCGGCAGCGCUAUAGCGGUGGCCGCCAGCCAGGCCAUCGCCGCCACACAACAGAUGCACCACGGCCGGCGCACGGCGUCGCUGAAGGCGUCGUACGAGGCGGUGGCGGGCGCGGAGCUCGCGCACCACGCGCACCACGCGCUCGCCGCACACAGCGCACACAGCGCGCACAGCGCGCACGCCGCACACGCCGCACACGCCGCGCACGCCGCGCACGCUGCACACGCCACGCAACACGAUCAUGGUCACGGGUUGUCGAGCCACGGGCAGGCGGGCGCGCUGCACCACACCGCCGCGCACACGCACACCAACUCCAAUAAACGACACAAACAAAAGAAAAGCACCUACAGCGCCACAUCGAGCACUGCGCACGCGCAGCAGACUAUGUCCGCGGCCGCCAGUCGCUCCUCGUCGCCUACUGUUGUUGGUAUGAACAACGUGGUGAACAACGUGGUGAUAGAGGAGGGCAUGGAGGAGGAGUGGACGUACGACCCCAACGAGCCGCGCUACUGCAUCUGCAACCAGGUCUCCUACGGGGACAUGGUCGCCUGCGACAACCAGGACUGUCCAUACGAAUGGUUCCAUUACCCGUGCGUAGGCAUCACCGCGCCCCCCAAGGGCAAGUGGUACUGUCCCCAAUGCCAGACCAACAUGCGCCGCAACAGGAACCGCAAGAACUGAACUGUCACAAUACUUCUAUUAACAUAAUUGUUAUGUAUCUAAACUUUGAUAAUCUGCAGAUCAGCUCACAGGGAGCAGAUCAGUGAAACAGCUCGCAGCUCAAUAUGUACUGCUUGUUAUGAUUUGCGUUUCUUUUGCAAUCAACUCGUAUGUUAUAGUACAUCGCGUUGAGCCGUGAGCUAUUUAGUUGUUGAGCUACAGCUCAACUGUUCAUAAUCUACAUACUAUAUGUAUACUCAGCUUAAGUUGUAUCUAAAACAAUACAAUCCUCUUCUUCCAAUGUUCAUGCAAAUGUAAUGAGUAAAUUUUAUUGUUCAGAUAAAUUUAAAAUUACUGAAAUGCUUUUAAAACUAUUGAAGUAAAUCAAAAUGUAUUUUAGCUUAUUGAGUGAAAAAAAGUUUUGCUUAUCUAUUCGAGUGGAACAGACGUGAUUAAUAGUAUGUUUAAAAAUAGAUAUUAAAGAGAAAAAAACGGAGUGAAAAAAAUGUGUAGAUGUUAUCUGUUUAAUAGAAGCGCGUUGUAACUGCAAUUCGUCAAGAAAUGUUGGCAACAUUACUAUAAGUGUACUUUACAUUACAUCCAAAGGAAAUCAUUUAUAGCCCUAAAUAGGGCUUCGGUGUAUUAUGUGCGCUUAAAAUUAUAUAAGAAUAUCUUCUAAUAAAAUACUCCUUGUAUUUA